GCCCUCUCUCUCUUCAGGUCAAUGCUCUCUUCCUCCCCACCCGUCUCCCCGGACUCUUUCACCUUCCCAUUCCUUCUCAAGUCCAGUGCCAAGCUAUCGCUUCCAAAUCUGGCUCUUCAGAUUUACUCUCACGUUAUAAGAAGUGGGUUUGAGUCAAGUGUCUUUGUUGUAAACGCUCUUUUGCAGUUUUAUUUUGUUCUCAGGGAUGCCCCCAAUGCGUGCAAGAUGUUCGAUGAAAGUCCUGUGAGGGACUGCGUUUCAUAUAACACGAUGAUUAAUGGGCUUGUGCGUGAGGGUCGUGCUGAUUGUUCUCUGAAGGUUUUUGGGGAAAUGAGAGGGAAUCGUGUCGAGGUUGAUGAGUAUACCCUCGUUGCCUUGUUGUCCGCUUGUUCGUCCUUGGAGGAUAGUCGAACUGGGAGAGUGGUGCAUGGCUUGGUGUAUAGGAUAUUGGGUUGUGUAAAUGAGAAUGAGUUGUUGAUGAAUGCUCUUGUUGAUAUGUAUGCGAAAUGUGGGUGCUUGGAGGUGGCUGAGAGAGUAGUGAGAUGUGGGCAUGGAAAGAGUGGGGUUGCGGCUUGGACUUCUUUGGUAAGUGCAUAUGCUAUGCGCAGAGAAGUUGAGGUUGCUAGAAGGUUGUUUGAUCAAAUGGGUGAAAGAGAUGUGGUUUCUUGGACGGCCAUGAUUAGUGGUUACUGUCACUCUGGGUAUUUUCAGGAAGCAUUGGAGCUGUUUGUGAUGUUGGAGGGUUUGGGGAUGGAACCGGAUGAGGUUGCUGUGGUUGCCGCUCUUGCAGCGUGUGCGCGGCUAGGGAGCCUUGAGAUGGGAAGAAGAAUUCACCACAAGUAUGAUGGUGGAAGUUGGCAGCGUGGUACCCUCAGGGGGUUCACUUGUGCUGUUGUGGAUAUGUAUGCCAAGUGUGGAAGCAUAGACACUGCUUUGGAUGUGUUCAGGAGAACAAGUGAUGAUAUGAGAACUACUUUUCUCUAUAACUCUAUUUUGUCUGGCCUUGCUCAUCAUGGUCUUGGUGAACAUGCUAUGGCCGUGUUUGAGGAGAUGAGGUUGCUCGGUUUAAAACCGGAUGAGGUCACAUUUGUGGCACUUUUAUGUGCUUGUGGGCAUAAUGGUUUGGUCGAUGAUGGCAAGAGGCUGUUUGAAUCCAUGUUGAGUGUGCAUGGUGUCAUUCCUCACACGCAACAUUAUGGUUGCAUGGUUGACCUUCUUGGUAGGGCUGGACGAUUGGAUGAAGCAUAUUGUUUGAUUCAGAAUAUGCCGUUCAAGGCCAAUGCUGUGAUAUGGAGAUCACUGUUGAGUGCUAGCAAAAUUCAUGGGGAUGUGGCAUUGGCUAGACUUGCGAGCCAUGAGCUUCUUGCGAUGGAGCGUGAUCAUGGAGCCCGUUAUGUGAUGCUAUCUAAUGUGCUAACUCUCGUGGGAAAGCAUGAUGAAGCCGCAAGUGUGAGAAAGGCAAUUGAUGAUGUUGGCAUCCAGAAGCCACCUGGUUGGAGCUAUGUGGAAAUUAAUGGAGCCCUUCACAAGUUUCUGGUUGGCGACACGUCUCACCCAGAAGCCAAAGCAACUGAGCUGAUGCUCAGGAACGUUGACAUGGGACUUAAAACUACUGGGCAUGUUAUCAGUGAAUAUAAGGUGAUUUGAUGUAGAUUAAGAACAUUUAUUUAGGUAAAUAAUUUAAUUAUUUCUUUAUUUAAUAAAAUUAUCAAAUGAGAGCA